AUGGACUAUGAGGAGCGCGGUGAAGCUCUCCCGUCGGCAAUACCUCCACCUGAGGGGAACAUGGCUGGAUUCAUGAUCCUUCCGGAGGAUGCACCUGAACGUAUCGUCGUACUCGAACUCGCGGCCGGCUUGGGCGUCAACAUGUCGCUGAUACACGUCCACUUCCUUGAGCGCUUGGUGGUGAGGAAAGGUAUAGCAGUCGCUGUGGAGCUCUAUGAGGCAACCAAGAGGAUUGAGAAGGAUUGUGGCGGGCGCUUGGGUGGAGUAGUAACUCGACUGAUCAAGGAAGAUGACAGGUUCACCGAGGAAGACGUGGCGUUCAUCUACAAAGUCGUGCCGUCCCCGGAAACAAAUGGAAACGACGAUUCUAGUCCGAUGAAGCAAGUGAUCAACACAGCGGAGGAAUCAGCUCGCUUCAAGCGACUCCUGGCCGAGAUGGAAGUGAUGAAUAGGAUAUGUGUCGGGCUGAAAAUACACGAUCAGCUUAUGGUCGAGCGAAUGAUCCACAGGAAAGGACUCGGAUUCGCGAGUGCUCUUUACGAAGCAGUAACGAAGAUCGAGAAUAACGGCGGCAUGAUGAGUGAUGACGGGACCAGGAAGAGAACUCCAGCAGCUAUUUUCAUCAAGAUUUUCAAGGAACAGUGA